GGAAGAGUGGACUCAUCUCCGGCGGGUUAGGUGGGGAGUUUUGUGGCGGUGAUCAAUGUAGCUGAAUAGUCUAGACUAGUAGCAUUUUUUUUGCAGUGCUUGAGCAGCGCUAUCGACUUAUCACGAUUUCAAGCCGAGAAAGAAUCAAUAAUCACCUCGACCUCCUAAAUUGUUUUUGAAGAAGCUUAUAACGAGGAGAAGAAUCUUAAUGAAGUCGAUUAGCCGCUGAUGUAGCUGUUGUACUCGUAGAUGAAGGCAGGCUUCGUUCAUUGCUGCGAUUGAUGGAUGUCGUUGGAGGCAGCGACGCGCUUGGAGGACGUAAGUCCUGAGGUGGUCGAAACACCAACUACGCCAUCCGGUGAAGGCCUUGAUCGUGCGGCUCCACUAAGACUGAAUGGACAGGAGGAGCAGGUCCCUGCUCUAGGGAAGCCUCGUGGGCGUGAGGAGAGCGCUGUUACUGGAGGGCAGAACUCAACGACAGUACUUCUAGGUGAUACAACUACUGUUCGUGAAGACAGCAAGUACAAGGAGUCGGCCUGCUCUACGUCAGAGCCAGAAGAGGACGAGGGGACCAUCAUGUUACCGAUAACGAGUUUGGGCUUUUUCUGUAGCUGCGUGCCUUGGUUUUACGGACCCUAUGGGCAACAAACCAACUUAUUGGCUUCAUAUUUUUCUGAGCUAAAGCUGGCACAGAAGAAUUCGACAGCUGAAAAAUCUGCCAAAUCCCAGUGCAACGCAAAGAAUGAGAUCAAAGGUAAAAAUGGCACUAGUACAACGGGGACGCCAGCAAAGCAGUCGACGAAAGAUUGCACAGCUUCACCCACCUCAAAAGCUACUAAACAUAAACUCGACAAGGAGAAGCUCACGCUGCAUUGGUUUGUCCACCAGAGAGAACCUCUGCCACUGGCUGAGACGCGCAAGUAUCCCCAUAUUCGAUUUCAUCGCGUAGGCAAAGCACCCUGGCUCUAUACCUCGGAGAUGAACGAAAUGUUUGAGAAACAGGGGGUGCAAGCCUUCAUCACUCUGAUGGACAUGAACCGCGUUUUUGUGGAUGAGGCACUUAUGCUUUGAGGAUAGAGAAUUGGAGUUAAGUUUUCUUUUCAUAUUGUUUGAUGAUGCUCUCCAGUCCUGUGCUCGGAUCCUCACUCGUUCGGCGUGUGACAAGGGUACGUCGUAGCAUUAUAGUACGUACGUCAUAGUUGUAGUAGUACUAAAUCUAAAUGCUAGCAUAGCAGCAAAGCUGCAAAUUAUAAUCCUGAGUUGCUAAUUAGACUAAAACUAUAAUACGUGAUGAAUUAUGUUGUUCUCUUUUUCAUACUGUUAAAGCCGCUUGCGAUCAGCUGGUUCCCGAACCAUUGGGAGAAGUUGGACAUCCACAGUAGGCAUUCCUUGAGCCAGUUCGAUGUGGUGGUGCCACUAGCGCCGAGUGACGAGAGUCUGAUCCAGCGGCAGCUUCCACAUAAGGUCGUUCGUCACGUACCUCAUGUAAUUCGCGAUGUGCGAUCAUUGUCUCGGUAUAGUCUUAGUCGCGGCGGAGGCAAGGGAAAGAAGAAAGAUAAAGACCAGGAUGCUAGGAGUACAAGUAGAAGUAGUUCUCCAUCUCCAGAUGCUGGUGCUGGUAUUGGGAAGGAUAAGGAAGGAGCUGCAUCUUCGCUGGAGUAUUUGGAGUGGAGAAAAGUGGAGAAAGAAGCGAAGGUUCGAGCAAAGCGGAAGCGGGAGUUGAGAACCAAGAUCGGGACGAUUCCGACCGAUGCUUUUGUCGUCUUGGUCUUGUUCGGAAACUACGACAAGAACAACCGCAAGAGCGUAGACGUGAGUCUGCAAGUCUUCAAGGAAUUUCAAGAGGGAAGGGCGCCGGGAUCUGUCUUUCUCUACGUGCAUGCGCUUGCUACAAGCGGCAAAUCGGGCGCGCCGAGUGCAAACGAGGGUGACGAGGAAGGCGCAGCAGCUGGCGUGAACAUGGAGUUGCUGAUCGAUGCGGUUGGGCUGCCUUUGUACAGCUAUCACUUGAAUCAGCGCGAACUGAAAUACGAACAAAUCCUAGAGUUGCACGAAAUGGCCGACGUUUUUCUGCACCCGUCCAAGGCAGAGGGCUUCGGCUUGCCCGUGCUCGAGGCGCAACUGCUCGGCAAUCCGGUGAUCACGACCAAAUUUGGGGCGAUGAUGGACUAUGCAGCGUUUGGCACGAGUGUGGAGCCGAAUGGCCGUACCUUUAUGGAACUCGGCCUCGUUGCGGUGCCGGAUUUUCGUGGAACCCUUGCCGCAUUGCAAGUCUGGCAUGAGCGUUUGAAGAAAGCAGAGCAAGACUCGGUUGCGAGUAAGAAAGAACUGGUGAGAUUAGCAGGGGAACGACAGCGUGCCCAGGACUACAUCGCAUCGACUAUGUCGCUAGGUGCCGUUGGUCGCAAAUUCGCUGAAAUCCUAAAAACGGUGCAGAAAGCGUCAGCUGCACGCUUCUCGCUGCACUCCUACGCCGAUCCACCGCCAAAACCGACGGCCGGAAGCUGCCAGCAUCUCGUGUUCCACUCACCAGCGUAUGUUGUCGAUCAGUCGCGAAUCGAGUGGCUAUUGGACGAGCACAUUCUCGAGAAGAAAAAAGUCAAUUCAACUGGUACUGAUCAAAAAGUUAGUAGUCCUAGUCCCUCAACAACAUCUGAUACGAGCGCAACAUCCAGCAACAAGAAGAACAAGAACAAAGGUGGCAAAGAUGAAGGUAACAAAAAUGGUGUUGGAGCAUCUUCGGGAGUGCAGAACGAUACCAGAAGUGCGCCUGAGGUUUUGUGGCUUGGUGCUCACUAUGAGUUACAAGGCGGAACAUUACCGCAAUUCGCUUUCGACGGUGGCGGCGUUGCCAUGGCCUCUGGAGGUAGCAAAGCCGUAGCAGCGAGAGACAACAACCGGAUUGACAACAGGAUGGCACCUAUCGGAGCGCCCGUUGUCGGAUCGCUCCAACCGCCUAAGAGCGAACGCUUUUCUGGAGUGCUGCCGACAGUUAUUGUACCCCAAAAGCUGUGGCAGCGCAUCUAUCGACCACCACCCGCCGACGUCGGGCAGAUAUUUCAGAAUCCGGAAAUUAUGGCCCUUUUUCGCUAUGCUGGCGUAGUCGGAGUGCGCCGCCCUACCCAACAAUGGCCGCAAGGGUAAAGACCUUCUAAUCGUGAUUCGCCUCGGGUGGUCGUUGUUCACCCAUAUGCUAUGUAUACUUAGUUGAUGCACUUGCCUACUUCAAGUAACUGCCUGUAGAAAACAUGCGAUGUCAAAAAUAUUUCGAAGAAACCAGUAGCAGUGAGAAUCUCGUUAGAGCGGAGAGUGCCCCUUCUUGCUUUGUAAAAAUUUCGAUUGUUGAAAAGACGCAUGAAAAAGCAGGCUAUUGAUUCGAGCGACCAUGAUGAACUUUAUUGUUACAUUUAAAUUUAUACAAUUAUUCCUCGAGCGUAAUUAAUUGAUGUUGUUGAUUUCGAUUCGGGCUCUUGUACAUACGUAGCGUGGUCGCUUGUUGACGUUGUUGGUAGCAGGACGAGAAAUCUUCACGAGGGAAUAUACAAUGUUGAAGAUUGAUGUCUUCUCUGCUCCGCAGCGCUUGUUGAGGGUCCCUUCGUCGUUUGUGUGGCUUUGAGUCUGAUCUUCCUUCUACACCAC